CAUCUAGCGGUGAUUUAUCUACUUUCUUGUAUCCGGAACCUCUUGUAGUAGCUACGUGUUUCCAGCCGGUUGACAAUUAAACAAGCACCGGUCUCAUCAUGGCGAGGCACCUUCGCUUCAUUGCGCGGACAGUGAUGGUCCAAGACAGCAACGUUGAUGCGGCGUACAAGACUUUAAACAGACUCCUGACUCAGGAUGGAGUUAUUGAAACAGUGAAGCGCAAACGCUACUUUGAGAAGCCCUGCCGAGAGCGACAGCGGAAGAACUUUGAGAACUGCAGGCGGAUCUACCACACGGAAAUGGCCAGAAAGAUUGCCUUCAUCUCCAGGACAAACAAAGAAGAUCCCUGGCUCGGCUGCUGAUGAAAUGUCUGAUGAAACGGGACGUAAUCAAGACCAACACAAUGUCACUAUCACAUCUCAAUGGACUUUGGGAAUGAAGUUGCUUUCACUGUUUAAUAGUAAAA